AUGGCCGAACCAGCAAUCCUGCGCCAACUCUUUGUCCGAAUCGGCCUGACUCAAGCUGUUGCCGACACUAUUGUGGACGAUCACAAUAUCAACAGUACCGCAACUCUGACCAAGAUCAAGCCUGACACUGUCAGCAAACUUGUCAAGACCCUUCGACACCCAGGAGGCGGUGGGAAUGGCCACGCGAUCCCGUUCCAAGUGCAGCAAGACAUCACUGAUGUCGCAUGGCUCCUAAAACACCGUGUCCGCACCUCUUGCGAUCCAGCUAUUCCGACCAUUGGCCUCCCUGUCCUAACUGACAAACUUGAGAUCUAUAGAGAUCAUGAAGAGCAAUGGACCGAACCAAGCUUCCUUGAUAUCGAAAUCACCCGCAACGACUGGAACAAAACGUUCCGUACCAUUGAAGAAUCCCUUACAAACUUCAAAGGAGUCCACGGUUGCCCUCUGAGCUAUACUAUUUGUGUCGCAACUGCCAUCCCAGCUGAUCCGGAUCCAUCAACCGAUUAUGCAUCAAUUGAGGACAAAAUUAUUGCCCGCGCUCCUAUUGUCAACGCCCAAGGAGGCUUUGUUGCUACAUUUUGCACUGACAAUACCACCCUCUGGAAACUUUUGAGUGUGCUAUUCAAAGACACUGUUGACUGGACUGACAUCAAGCAUUGUGCCAGAACAAAGGACGGAAGAACUGCAUUUCUUGACCUAAAAUCCGCACGGCUUGUGGCCCAAUACACCAACAAUGUCUCCGCCGAAAUUGAGAGACGCUGGUUAGCUUUAUCCUACGCAGGACCAAAACGCAACUGGAAGUUUGACGAUUACGCCCGCAACCACAAGGAAUGCUUCCUCCUCCUUGCCGAGCUUGAUGACUACCAAGAACCUGACGAGCAAACCAGAGUCCGCAAGCUUAUUGAUCAGAUUGUCACUCGAGAGCUCGACACAGCUAUUAACAUGAUCAUCGCUUCCCCAACCAUGGGGACCAGCUUUGAUGAAUCGGUCGCUCACAUCAAAGGGUUCAUUGACAACAGAGAAGAUACCCUCGUCCUGGGCAAACGAUCACGUGACGGAAGACACAUUGCCUCGGUCAACACCAGGCAUAGACCCCCAAACGAAUGGCAUGCAAUGCCUAAAGACGAACGGAACGCAAUCAUGGAAGAACGCAAACAAAAGAAGCGCAAACUUGAAAAUGGCAACAAGAAAGACAAGACAACUCCCAAGGAUUCUGGAGCAGGCAAGAAAACUGACAAGAAAAAUGGCCGAACUACUUUCAAAGAAUUGAAACGCCGUAUUGCCGAGCUUGAAUCCAAGGAGUCUGCCCAAACACAGGAUGGCAAUGACAACGAUGACCGGACUGGAGGCAACGCUUCUGGCAAUGCUGCCAACGGAAACCGCACCAACCCUGCGCUAAACCGUGGCCAACCAGGUGAUAACAACUGA